AUGUCUCAGUCUAGGAUUCCUCGGCCUUCCCAAGGCAGCUCCCGUUCCUACACUCCUUCCCUUCUCCCUUCGAAUCCUACCCCAGUCAAUUCUACCGGCUACCACGGCAACCCCGUUACGCGCGUGUGCCGAGUGAUCUUUCGCAACCCCGAUCAAGGAGGUUACCCAACUAUCACGGUCGAGGGGUUCGACGGCACAGGCGACCUACCAGGUCAGGGACCAACUAUGGACCUGGUCGACGACUCGAGGAAGAACGAGGGGAGGCCUUGGAACAUUUUGUCGAGUAGUGUUGAAAUGACAUUCUUCCCCACCGGCCCCGGAGUUUUCGGCUACGAAUGGAGCCGUCACCCCCACAAUUAG